GGGGGAGCCGGCGCUGCUGGGAUCAGAGGCUGCGGAGCGGAGCCGGGUGCGGGCAGCGUCGUGUCCCGGAGCCCUUGGCAGUCGCAGGGCUGCGGCCCCGCUCAUCGCCAUGGAGAAAUACAAAGCUCUCGAGCAACUGCUCACAGAACUUGAAGAUUUUCUGAGGAUACUGGACAAGGAGAACUUGAGCAGCACUGCUGUGGUGAAGAAGAGCUUCCUCUCUGACCUUCUGAAAGUCUACACCAAGUCCAGUGGUGGCGAUGAGGAGUAUAUUUAUAUGAACAAAGUGACAGUCCAUAAACAGCAGGGCGACCAAGAGAAACAAGACAAAGUGCUGGACCGGAAAAACUCCCUGACCAAUGGAGACUCGGGACUGCAUUUGUCACCUCCUCAGAAGAGCCUGCCAGACCUCCCCCCUCCAAAGAUUCUCGAAACAAAACAACCUCCGGUCCCCAAGAUUGAAUCCCCAGAGGGAUAUUACGAAGAGGCUGAGCCCUAUGACAUCUCUGUAAAUGGUCUUUUUGGUAGGCUUGCUGCGGCUGGACCCAGGCCAGGGUUGCAGGUUACUGAGGGAGUUAUUUAUGCCACAAUAACAAUGGAAGAUGGUGAAGCCGUUAGUAGUUCCUACGAAUCUUACGAUGAGGAGGAGAGCAGCAAAGGCAAGUCAGCAACCCAUCAGUGGCCAUCCCCAGAGGCCACCAUUGAGCUGAUGAAGGAUGCCCGCAUCUGUGCCUUCCUGUGGAGAAAGAAGUGGCUGGGACAGUGGGCAAAACAGCUGUGUGUUAUCAAGGACACCAGGUUGCUGUGCUACAAGAGCUCCAAAGACCACAACCCUCAACUCGACGUGAAUUUGCUGGGCUGCACUGUCAUUCACAAGGAAAAGCAAGUGAGGAAGAAAGAGCACAAGCUGAAGAUCAUCCCCACGAACGCUGAUGUCAUCGUGCUGGGGCUGCAGAGUAAAGACCAGGCGGAGCAGUGGCUCAGGGUAAUCCAGGAGACCAGUGGUCUGCUCUGUGAAGGAGGCAGUGAAGGCAACCAGUACAUCCCAGACUCGCAGCGUCUCAGUUACCCAAAGGUGGAGGUGUCUGAGAGAUACUCUGCAGCCUCCGAGAGCGGGAGCAGCACUGAUGGCCACCCAGAGACAGCUGAGACAAAAGAUGUUAAGAAGAAGGGCACAACUGGCCUGAAACUGAGCAACUUGAUGAACCUCGGGAGGAAGAAGUCCAGCUCCCUGGAGAGCCCAGAGAGAUCCCUGGAGACUUCGAGUUACCUGAAUGUGCUGGUGAACAGCCAGUGGAAGUCACGGUGGUGUCAGAUAAAAGAUGGGCACCUCCACUUUUACCAGGACAAGAACCGAAGCAAACUGGCUCAGCAGCCCCUGAGUUUGGCAGGCUGUGAAAUCAUCCCAGAGCCAAGCCCUGAUCACCUUUACUCCUUCCGCAUCCUGCACAAUGGGGAAGAACGGGUUGUUUUGGAGGCCAAGUCCUCGGAGGAAAUGGGCCACUGGCUGGGCCUCCUCUUGUCGGAGUCGGGCUCGAAAACAGACCCGGAGGAAUUUACCUACGAUUACGUGGAUGCUGACAGGGUUUCCUGCAUUGUGAGCGCUGCGAAGAAUUCCUUCUUCCUCAUGCAGAGGAAAUACUCGGAGCCCAACGCCUACAUCGACAACCUGCCCAAGGGCAGGAUGCAGCAGGAUGAGCUGUACGACGAUGUGGAUCUGCCAGACCUGCCUGUGGAAGAAGUACCCAAGAGUGAGAGCAAAUUGGAGGGGGACCAAGACAGAGUGUAUCUGGAUCUCACUCCAGUGAAGUCCUUCCUACACUGUGCUGGCAAGAUGUCAUGCCAGUCUUUACCCCUCAGCUCACCAUCUUUAGAAAGGGCUGCCAAUAAGGCUGCCCCAGAGAGCACAGCCGAGACAGCCCCCAUGGCUAAGGAAGCUGAGCCCUGUACUAAGGCAACAGAGACCUUGGAGCAGAAACACCCAGAGAAGCCAGAACCCGAGGAGGCUCUGCCACGGGUGCCUGCUGUCAAAAUCCAGACCCAGCAGCAGAACGUCGCCUUCCCCCAGGCAGCCCCCGAGGUGCCAGUGGGCACAGUUCCAGUGGGCAGUCCCCAGCUGGUGCCUGCACACCGGCCCAAGAUGCCACUGCCAGCAGCAGCAGUGGAAACCAAGCUGGGCAAGAACAGGACGGAGGCAGAGGUGAAACGGUUCACGGAGGAGAAGGAACGGCUGGAGAAGGAGAAGGAUGAAAUCCGGGCUCAGCUCACCCAGCUGCGCAAGGAGAGACGGGAGCUGAAGGAAAUGCUUGGGGGCAGCACAGACAAGAGCCUGGAGCAGAGGCUGAAGGAGAUAGAUGAAGAAUGCAAAAGGAAGGAGAGCCAGAGGGUGGACCUGGAGCUGAGCCUGGUGGAAGUGAAGGAGAACCUGAAGAAGGCAGAGUCUGGCCCAGUGACACUGGGCACGGCUGUGGACACCACCCACCUGGAGAACACAGCCCCGCGGGUUCAGGCAAAAAGUGCCAGUCCAGCAAACAGCGCAGAGAACUCACCGGUCAACUCAGCAACAGCUUUAAAAAACCGGCCUUUAUCUGUUAUGGUCACGGGGAAGGGAACAGUCCUACAGAAAGCUAAGGAAUGGGAGAAAAAGGGAGCUAGUUAGAAGCACAUUGUUCAGAGAUGGACUAAAGACUCGAAUUGCCCACGCAUGGCCCAGGGGAUUCAACCAUCUGUCGGUGGAGGUUGGGUGUUCCACACCACCACACACCAAGUGCCUCCUCCACAUCGCGCCAGGGGCUCAGAUGCAGCACUGGAGUCAGCAGCUGCUGCUAACGAGUUAUCCCAAAUGAACUUGCUCUUUCCAGACAAAUCCCAAUCACGUAGCUAAAACAAUAACACAACCAGUGGCAAUCCUUCCAUCAAAGUCCUAACCCAGCUGAUGUAAACAAGAAUGUUACUGUACAUAGGGGUGUUUUGUGUAUUUCUACUCUGAAGGUUUAUCAAUGAGUUAUUAAGGUUUCUAUAUUAGUGACUGUAGUGGAUUCAGAAGGGGCCUCUACUAUUCCUCAGCCUGGUGGGUUCCAACCUGUCCUGAUAAAUUGGAGUCAACUGAAGUCUCACCUGUCUUGCUGCCAGUCAUCACUCAGCUGCAUUUCAUCCAGCCUUCAGUCAAGGGCUAGCCCCACAUGUGAGCAAUGCUUCAACAUGAAGGAGAAGCACACAGCAGCUUGUCCAGGGCAUUUUUUAUCAGUGUCCUGAUGCAUUCCAGCAUCUCCUACCAGCUGCAGAUUUGCUAGAAUGUUGAGCUACUCACCUUCUCAUGCUGUAAGCUGUGUUACAGACUGGCCAGCACCAAGAGCUCUGGGCAAAGAAGAUCUGCCAGGCAGAUCUGCCAGGCAGAUCUGCCAGGCAGAUUCAGUUAAUUUUCUUGAAGAUCUUACUUCACCUCAGGAGUUAGUUCUGGGGGGGGGAAAAAAAAAAGAAAAAAGAAAAGAAGUCGUAUUUGAGGGCUUGCUCAGCUGUUUUAUGGGAAAGCUGGAUCCCAGUGUAUCCUUCAGGGCUUUCCCUUUCCCAAGAGAGGGGAGGUAAAGCUGUCCCCAUGCUCCUGCCCCAGCUGUGAUGGUGUCUGUUCCUCACAGAGCUGCAGCUGUUGAAUGUGCUGAAGAUAUCCCUGUGCCCCUGAGUCCCUCCACACUGGAGGGCUGAGCAGCCUUCCCUGCAGUAAGGCUGCACUGCCAGGGCUCUGCUGAGCUGCUGGCCACCUCGGUGCUGUCACCCUUAUUUCCUAAUCAUUAAUACUGUCUUUGGGCCCUGGCAGUAUGGCCCACAAAGCCCACCCCUCUCUAUCCUACCCAAGCUUUCUAAUGAAAGAUGUUGGAUAUUUGGAACUGCUAAACAUAGAGACAGUGAAAUUUGAAGGGUGGUAGUGGGUUGGCAGAAAUCUAUGCACUCCUCUCCUCCCUGUCACCUGCUGACAUGGCUGAUGGCCUGGAGACACCUCUCUCUGUCUCCUCUGAUGGCCCUUCAGCCUCGGAACCCAGGCUCAGUAACUGGGUUGACUGUAUGGGGCUGGAGCUGUUUUCCAACCCUACAAAGUUAAAGCAGCACCAGUUCCCUGGACGGGUUGUCCCUGGGGUGCUGUGGCUACACCAGAGCCAGGGUAAAGGCAGACAGGAAAGAUGAUGUACUUUCCUCACCCUUGAGAAUCUUUGACAGGCCUGAGACCACCAUAAAGGGCUGUUCUUUCUUCAUGCAAAGGCCAAACAGCCAGUGGGAUGAACAGGGCUGUGAUGUCCAGAGCUGGUGGUGUCACUGGGGUGAGUGAGAGAAUGUGCUGACAAGGGGUUCUGGGCUUGCUUGCCCUCAUCACAGAGCCAGGGUGCAACAAAACAUUUGGUCAGGGUAUCCUGCAAGCAAGAAAGGCAACCUUGCUCCCAUUUUUUUUACUCUUUAGUUUCCACUCUGGUGCAGAUGGAGGAACUGCUAAUCCCAGGCCUCAGGAGCCUCAGCUGUCAGGUUGCCCCUGUGCAAGGUUUUCCACAUAGGAAAAAUUCAUGCAAAUAAACAGCUGACUCUUCUGGUUCAGGACCAUGGGGACUUCCUUCUCCAGAAGGCCACAGGCUCCAUGAAGCUUUUUUUUUGACCCAUGAUGAGCUGGCAAGAGACCCUCUCUAUACCCUAAAUAUCCAUGUAGUGCUGUGCCCUCACCAUACAGCCUGCUGUCAUCCUCCAGAAGUUGUCCAGACAUUUCACAGUGGUACUGAGACAGCGAUGGACAAGAGCAGCUCUGCUUUCCCCUUCACAGCCCAGUCAGCUUCAGUGGUCCUUCUGGGAUGUCUCCAUGAGGGAAUGGUAAACAUAGGCAAGUCCUGAACAGCACACUUUCCCCAAACAAGAAAUGUUAAACAAUGUCCCUGUGUCCCCAUUGUUUUCCUAACUCAAGGCAUUUCCUUUGUUGUAACUGUGACCUAUAAAGUGGCGCUUUAGAGGGUUUUAUAAUAAAAUGUUGAGUAUAUUA